AUGGAAACUUUUCUUGGCUUAAACAUUCUCAUGGGCAUAAAACCACAGGCCAGUUACAGGGAUUACUGGAGAUCUGAGCCAAAUCUUCAUGAUACCUUCAUUAGUUCAAUGACGAUUGUUAAUCGUUUUGGGUGGCUUUUGUCUAAUUUGCAUCUAAAUGGCAACAGCUGCAUGCCAAAUGCCUAUCAUCUGAGUGAAUAUGUAGGUGUAGAUGAGUCAAUGAUCAAAUUCAAAGGCAGGUCAUCCUUGAAACAAAUCUUACCUAGAAAAAAAACAAUCAAAAGAGGCUACAAAGUGUGGAUGUUAGCAGACAAGUCUGGUUAUGCACUAAAAUUCGAUGUUCAUACUGGUCUUGAAGGGGAAAAAAGACAUAGAGUUUUCAGCUAUUUUACCAGUGUACAACUGAUAGAGGAUCUGAAAGGGAAACAAAUUACAUGCAUGUGGGCUACAAGUGUCAAUGGGUUGUGUAUUGUAAAACUGCAGGACAAAAGAACAGUGCAUUUAUUGUCAAGCUUUCAUGACCCAAGAACCACAACAGUAGUACAGUGGAAAGAAAAGGAUGGAACCGUGACAAAGCUGCCUUGCCCUCUACUGCUAGCUGAUUACAUUGAAACUAUGAAGUGUGUUGGUAAAUUUGAUCAAAGGAAGUCAACAUAUGAAACUGAUAGGAAGAGUAUCGUGGCUUAG